CAGAGCGGCACUUCCGGCGCGGCACUUCCGGUGCGGCGGCGCCGGGCGGCGGCACCGGGAGGAGGCCGCGGCCGCCGCUGAGCCCCGAGCGGCACCGAACGGCCCCGAACGGCCCCGAGCGGGCCGGGCCCGCCGCCCGCGAUCCGCGCCCUGCUGCAGAGGAGAGGGAAAAAUGGGAGAAUUUGGGGAGGAAUUCCCUGCUCAGAGUGAGGCCCCGAGUCCUGCCAGGAGGAAUUCUGCCACGGGAGGGUUCUGGCGCCGGUGACGAGCGAUGGGGUAUGAUGUGGCUCGGUUCCAGGGGGACGUGGACGAGGACCUGAUCUGCCCCAUCUGCAGCGGGGUCCUGGAGGAGCCGGUGCAGGCGCCGCACUGCGAGCACGCCUUCUGCAAUGCCUGCAUCACGCAGUGGUUCUCGCAGCAGCAGACGUGCCCCGUGGACCGCAGCGUGGUGACGGUGGCCCACCUGCGCCCGGUGCCGCGCAUCAUGCGCAACAUGCUCUCCAAGCUGCAGAUCACCUGCGACAACGCCGUCUUCGGCUGCACGGCCGUGGUGCGCCUCGACAACCUCAUGGCUCACCUCAACGACUGCGAGCACAACCCCAAGCGCCCCGUCACCUGCGAGCAGGGAUGCGGGUUGGAGAUGCCCAAGGACGAGCUGCCCAACCACAACUGCAUCAAGCACCUGCGCUCGGUGGUGCAGCAGCAGCAGACGAGGAUUGCAGAGCUGGAGAAAACCUCAGCUGAGCACAAGCACCAGCUGGCCGAGCAGAAGAGGGACAUCCAGCUGCUCAAGGCCUACAUGAGGGCAAUCCGCAGCGUCAACCCCAACCUGCAGAACCUGGAGGAGACCAUCGAGUACAACGAGAUCCUGGAGUGGGUGAACUCCCUGCAGCCGGCGCGGGUGACGCGCUGGGGCGGCAUGAUCUCCACGCCCGACGCCGUCCUCCAGGCCGUCAUCAAGCGCUCGCUGGUGGAGAGCGGCUGCCCGGCGUCCAUCACCAACGAGCUGAUCGAGAACGCGCACGAGCGCAAUUGGCCGCAGGGGCUGGCCACGCUGGAGACGCGGCAGAUGAACCGCAGAUACUACGAGAACUACGUGGCCAAACGCAUCCCCGGCAAGCAGGCCGUGGUGGUGAUGGCCUGCGAGAACCAGCACAUGGGAGAGGACAUGGUGCUGGAGCCGGGGCUCGUCAUGAUCUUCGCUCAUGGCGUGGAGGAGAUAUGAGAGGAGUGGUGGAGAUGGGGGGGUUUGGGGUUGUGAGUGUUGGUCAUGGAGGAGAGCUGAAAAAAAUGCAGUUUGGAGAUAACAGGGGUUUGCUGGACUUGGGUUUUUUGCUCAUGGAGUGGAGGAGAGCUGAGAAAAAUCCAUCUUGGGAUGGAGGGGAGUUUGUGGAGGAGAUGUGAAAAAAUCCAACUUGGGACACUGGGGGUUUUGUGGAGUUGGGUUUUUCCCUCAUGGAAUGGAGGAGAUCUGAGAAAAAUCCACCUUGGGAUGGAGGGGGGUUUGUGGAGAUGGGUUUUUGGGGUUGUGAUUUUUGCUCCCGAAAAAAAAUCCAAUUUGGAGACGGCAGGGGUUUCCUGGACUUGGAUUUUUCCCUCAUGGAGUGGAGGAGAUCUGAGAAAAAUCCAUCUUGGGAUGGAGGGGAGUUUUGUGGAGAUGGGGGUUUUGGGGUUGUGAGUGUUGGUUGUGGAGGAGAGCCGAAAAAAAUCCAAUUUGGAGAUAACAGGGGUUUGCUGGACUUGGGUUUUUAGUGGUCAUGGAGGAGAGAUCCAAAAAAAUCCAACAUGGGACA